AAGCCUGUCAGGGGCCGUCCAGCCCUGCAGCUAAAAGUGCUAAAAUUGUAAGCGCAUGUUUUGAGGCGCAAUGGGCAGCGCCCUCUUCUCCGCAGCCAAGUCGGUCUGUUUUUCUCCUUUCUCACCUCACUUUCAACCACCCUCUCCCUCUCCCAACACAUCAUCAUCACCACCACCAUCGCCAUGGCCAAAUGCUACGAUCGAUACGGCAACGAGGACAUCACUCGCUACCCCUGCUCACAGGACGAAGACCCCGCCCAAUGCUGCGGCGUCGGCGAGCUCUGCGCCAGUAACGGGCUCUGCGUCCGCCUGGAGGACGACAGCGACCCGACCUACUGGCAAAACACCUGUUCAGUCUCCGACUGGAUCGACGGCGAUGUUGAUUCGUGUCCGACACAGUGUGCUGAAAUUCGAAACGGCGGCAACGGCGUCCACGCAUGCGGCAGCGAACUGUUCUGCUGCUACGGCUUCACCGGCUGCGACUGCAACAACUCGACCCAAGUCUUCUCCCUCGACCCCGUCCGCAUCGUCGCGACCGUCACCGAGCCCUCCUCCACAUCGACGUCUAUAACAUCAACUUCAACAUCCACAACGAGCACAACAACCACGACGUCCCCGUCCUCAACACCAACCGACUCCCCCGACAGCGGAAGCAGCGACUCGAACAGCAAUCUGGGCGUCGGACUCGGUGUCGGGUUAGGGGUUGGUAUCCCCCUCGUCGUCGGCGCACUCGUCGGAUUCUGGUUCCUCCGUCGGCGGAGACAACGGACGAAAGAUCUGGGCGAGGGAGCUGCGGCUGCCGGUGCGGGUGCUGGAUUCGGUGCGGCGGGACCCAUGGCGGCCGUUGGGAACCAGCAGGAGGCCUUUGCCCCGACAGUGCAGGAUAAGAACCAUCUGCAGGCUGUGCCUGUACGGCCGCAGGAGUUGCCGGCCAAUAAUGGGCCGCAUGGGAUCUCGGAGCUUCAUUAGGUGUGGUGGUGGAGCGCUGAGGUAAAAUAGGGAGUGGGUGGGGUGAGGGAUGAGGACUGUAUAUACCAAUUUCCAUUUCUACAUUAAUGUUUCCACUUUGUAAUGUUUGGCUUUUUCUGAAUGAUAUGAGCGAUGGUACAUCAUCUUGUCCAAUCCCGGGUGUGCGUACGGAGUACUUGAGUAUAACCCUGCGUAGCCGAGUGCGCGACACGGAUAGUUUAGGAUGCUGUCUUGGAUUCAACAUAUGUACCGUUAAUGCAUAGGCUAGUAAGGCCUGUAUCGACUCGUGAUGUCUCCAGGCGUGGAACUUGGUCUUGAUCGGAGGACUCGAAAAAAAAUACGAGGGGUAGAGGAAAUAUAUAUCUCCAUAGCGAUCCACACUUCACUCAAGC